GAGGUCACGCCGAUUGGAGGCAUGACGCAACUGUCAUGUGAGACUGAGGCUUAGAAAACCAGGGUCCUGCUAUUACUAUGAUCUUUCGCUGUGUCCUUAACAACAUUUUAAACAACAUACCACAAACAUGGGAAGACGUGACGAUUCCCCACCGCGGCGUCCUGAACCCUCGUACCGCUUCGAUAGCUACGAAGACGGCAAGCCGAAGUGGGCGCCCCAAACACCAACAGAAGAUCCUCGUGGCAACCGCGACUAUCAAGAUAAUCGACGAGAUUCGAGGCGACACAAGGAGCGCUACGAAGACGAUGCGCCGCCUCCGCCUCCACCUCAAGAGAGCCGACCGCGACCGCGCAGGACAAGAUCAUACUCGUCCGGAUCAGACUCUGAAGUACCUCCGGCGAAACCUCCGCGACGAAGCAACACAACAAAAGACCGCAAUCGACGCCCACGCGACCAUUACGACUCGUACGAUGAGCACCCUCGCCGAGACGAUCGUAGGCACGACAACCGCGGCUACGUGAGCGACGAUAGACACAACAGACCUCGCAAGGACUACGAUGAUCACGAUCGUCGAGAUCGCCGCCGCGACGACAGGGAUCGAAGCAGGGACCGCAGUCGAGACCGUCACGACGACAGAGACCGCGACUACGAUCGCAGAGAUCGAGACGUUGGCCGAUCAGGACAGCCCGAAUGGCAAAAGCAGGCGAUGGGCAUGUUCACCGCAUACGCGUUGCCCAUAAUCAAAAAAGAAGGCACGAAGUAUCUGGCGAACAAGAUGGGAGGAGGGGGGAGGAAGCGCUAGGAGCGCAGGAGUCGAACUUUGUGAUUGCAUGGCAAUGCGAUAUUCUCAUUUUUCUGGCGUGCAUCAGGACGAACUAAUGAUUUGAUAGAAAGAAUGCAUCACAGGAU